AUGGUUCGUAGGGUACUCAUUGGGUUUGGCGUGGACAUCGAUGCUGUGGCUGGAUGGCUGGGAUCGUACGGCGGCGAGGACUCUGUGACAGACAUAUCACGAGGCUUGUACGCGGGCGAAGUCGGUGUCCCUCGCCUGCUCACGCUGUUCAAAAAGUACGACAUGAAGCAGACAUUCAACAUACCAGGGCAUAGCUUGGAGACCUUUCCCGAGCAAGUGGCAAUGAUCAGAGACGCAGGACAUGAAAUAGGGCUCCACGGUUAUUCGCAUGAGAAUCCUACCGCGCUCACUCUCGAGCAGCAAAAGGACAUCCUCGACCACACAUUCGAGCUACUCACAAAGUUCAAUAAUGAUAUCCCUCCGAAAGGCUAUGUCGCUCCAUGGUGUGAGAUGACUGCAGCUGUCACCGAGCUAUUGCUCGAGAAGGGCGUCGAAUGGGAUCACUCACAUAUGGCGCGCGAUUCGCAGGCGUAUUAUCUGCGUGACGAAGACACCUGGACUAAGAUCAAUCACAGCGCAAAGGCGGAGACGUGGAUGAAGCCUUUGAUACGGGGCAAGCCUACCGGGAUGGUGGAGCUGCCAGCAAACUGGUACCUUGAUGAUAUGGAACCCUUGAUGUUCGUCAAAUCCAUGCCAAACAUGCAUGGCUGGCAGGACCCCCGGGAUGUUGAGAAUAUCUGGAAGGACAUGUUCACAUACCUAUAUCGCGAGGAAGAGGAGUUCAUCUUCCCGAUCACCAUCCACCCAGACGUUAGCGGUCAUCCGCACAUCUUGCUCAUGAUCGAACGCUUCAUCGAAUGGGUGAACACGCACGACAACGUUCUUUGGGUGCCUUGGCAUGAGAUGGCGAAAGAGUUCCGAACCAAAAACCCACCACCGGCAGGUGCUCGCAUGCCCCGUGACAUGGGUGCGGCGCAGACGCAAGCAGUGUGA